GUUUUGAUUCUGAAUGAAGCGGUUUUUGUUUUCUGAAAACUAUAAAUAGAGCACAGUACUACCGAUGGAGUAGUGAAAAUAGAGCGAAAAAAAUCAGUUCAAAGCAUCAAUGGAAAACGUGGGAUCAACCUCCGCCGCCGACGAUAAUACGCCGGCGCAACCAAUCUCCUCCUCGACUCCUCUGGUCCCUUCAUUUCCGGACCCUUCCGUCAGUACAACUGAAUCGUGGAAACGCGGAAGACCAAACCCUGGGGUGACUACUCCUCCACCGUCUCAGGUCGCCGGCGGUGGACUUUCGUCUUCUGCGCAGCUGCAGGCAGAUGAAACGGCGGUUUCUACUGGGAAUAAGCAGCAAAGCGUUGAUUUGGGAUCAGAAGUAGCCGCUCUUGGAUUUAUGCAAUCACACGUGAUCAACAUAAAAACUGGGGAGGAUAUAUUGGUCAAAAUAAUGUCAUUCUGCGAAAGUACCUCUAAAUCAGUGUGUGUUCUGUCAGCCAAUGGUUCCACAUCUAGUGUAUCACUUCGCCGACCAUAUCAAUCUGUAACAUAUAAGGGAGUGUACGACAUCCUUAGUCUGACUGGUUUCUUCUUUGUCUUGGAAUCUGGUGGUCGACACAGCAGAGAAGGUGGCUUGACUGCGAUACUUGGUAAUGAAGAAGAUGGUGAUGUUUGGGGAGGCAAUGUGGAUGGGCUCUUUACAGCAGCAACUGAUGUUCAGGUUAUUGUUAGUAGCUUCAGCACAGGAAAACAGGUGCAGUCAGACAACUUUGGUACACCAGCAAAAUUAAGUCCUAUGUCAGUUGGAAGUUUAAGUGGGUCUGUGAGCCCUGAUAGUCCGCUCAUUGUAACUAGUAAGAGAAGCCCUACUGGAGUUGCUACUCGGUUGCUCUUUUAAAAAAGGGAUGUCAUAAUACCAUUGGAAAAGCUGUGUAAUGUGAAAAUGGAUUCUGCAGCUUAGCAAUUCUUUUUCAUAUUGAUUGAGCAACAGUGUACAAAUAUGUUUCAGAUUUAUGCACAGAAAACAUUAUUCUACUUUUACUUCA